AUGCCCUCGAUCAACUCUGGCAGAGCGACAUUUGCAUUCCCAGACGAGAUCCUUCCUACGAGCACGGUGCUCGCCGAGAUCUGCGAGUCAACUUUGUUGAAAGAAGAUAUAACACGGGAGAUCGGGCUGGAGUCGGAUGAUGCUAUGAUCGGCUUCUGGUCGACAACCGCGGCGGUCGAUGUCGCUGCUAGAAGCGAAGCUCCUGCUAGGAAGCCGGAGGAAAUGCGUAGCGAGACGAUUUGA